AUGUGCAAGCCCGAUACCCAAGGCGACAGUCACAAUGCCGAAUGCUAUCACCGUCGCAUGAGACACCAAGACCAAGCGGCCACCUUUGGCGUCGGGGUUGACGUAUGCCUUGUAGACGUCGUGGGUGACCAUGGCGGAAAUGGCGAUAGUUUCGGAAGAAAAUGCAGCAGUAACCGCCAUGAAAAUCAUCGUCAACACCAUGGCCACACCAGACCGACCCAUCAACGCCUGAGGCUGCAUAAGGUAGCACCAAGCCUGCGCCGAUUUCCUCGGCAGACAUCAAGUCUGGGAAUGUGGGAAAGCUGGGAUGUGUUUCUAAGCCGGCAGCAGCCAAACCCAUCGUUGUGGACAAGCAGAACGGCAACGAGAACCAUGCUAGCCCACCCAAAAUGUACCCUCUUACCAAGUAUUUGGGGUCGGCAGCAAUGGCCUUUUGAAAAAGCUGUGAGUCGCAAGCUGCUGCAAAGCCAGCGCCAAAAAGAACCAAGCCGAAGAGACCGCCUUGGACAGAGUUGA